GACUUGGGGAUCAGAAUCCCAAGACCCCUAGGGAACGGACCAAGCAGAUUUAUCCCGGAGAAAGAGAUUCUUCAGGUCAGUAAAGUGGACACCAGGACGCAGUCGAUAUUUGAGGAUGCUUUCGCAGCCCUCGGUCGUCUGGACAACAUUUCCCUCUUGAUGGGGUUCCACCCUCAGUACCUGGACAGCUUCCUGCGGACGCAGCACUACCUGCUGCAGAUGGACGGACCCCUGCCUUUGCACUACAGACACUACAUCGGCAUCAUGGCUGCUGCGAGGCACCAGUGCUCCUAUUUGGUCAACUUGCACGUGAACGACUUCCUCCAGGUCGGAGGGGAUCAGAAGUGGCUGAACGGUCUGAAGGAAGCUCCGCAGAAGCUGCAGCAGCUCGGAGAGCUCAACAAGAUCCUGGCCCACCGUCCCUGGCUCAUCACCAAGGAGCACAUCGAGCGCUUCCUGAAGGCCGAGGAGCACAGCUGGUCGCUGGCGGAGCUGAUCCACGCCGUGGUCCUGCUCACGCACUACCACUCCCUCGCCUCCUUCACCUUCGGCUGCGGCAUCAUGCCCGAGAUCAACUGCGACGGCGGGCACACCUUCCGGCCCCCCUCCCUCAGCCAGUACUGCGUGUGCGACAUCGCGAACGGCAACGGUCACGCUAACCACCACGACGACUUGCUCGGCAAUCAGGAAAUGUGUGGUGAGGUGGAGGUGCUGAUGAAGAGGAUGAAGCAGCUGCAGGAGUGUCGCGACGACGAAGAGGCCAGCCAGGAGGAGAUGGCGACUCGCUUCGAGAGGGAGAAGACCGAGAGCAUGCUGGUGGUGACGGCCGAGGACGAGGACUGCGUCCCCUCCAGGGACAUCUCCCGUCACUUCGAGGACACCAGCUACGGCUACCAGGACUUCUCCAGGAGGGGGGAGCACGUCCCCACGUUCAGAGCUCAGGACUACAGCUGGGAGGACCACGGCUUCUCUCUGGUCAACAGGUUGUACCCCGACGUGGGUCAGAUGCUGGACGAGAAGUUCCAGCUGGCGUACAAUCUGACGUACAACACCAUGGCCACACAUAAGGAUGUGGACACCAGCAUGCUGCGCAGGGCCAUCUGGAACUACAUCCACUGCAUGUUCGGCAUCAGGUAUGACGACUACGAUUACGGGGAGAUAAACCAGCUUCUGGACCGUAGCUUUAAGAUUUAUAUCAAGACCAUGGUGUGCAGCCCUGAGAAGACCACCAAACGAAUGUAUGAGAGUUUCUGGAGGCAGUUUCAGCACUCCGAAAAGGUCCACGUUAAUCUGCUUCUUAUGGAAGCACGAAUGCAAGCAGAACUGUUAUACGCUCUGAGAGCGAUCACCCGCUACAUGACAUGAAGUGCUUGUUGGCGGUCUUUUUUUUUAUUGUUUUCUGACUGUCUUUAUUGUUUUCAUUUUUUAUUUUAUUUUAUUUUUUUGGGAAGACUUAGAGGAGGAGAAAAAAAAUCAACAAAAAUGUGGAAAAGAGGUCAUGUUUGUGACAAUUCAUGUUGGUUGGAUGUUGCAAAGACGAUCAAAGCGAUAUUUGACGGAGACAAGUCAGCGGAUCCACACAAACACACAGGUGUGUCGCCUGCAGUGCCAAAACUGACCAAAAGAGGGCAGCAUUGAGCGAACCCCUGAGCUGUUGGUUUGUGCCGGAGCUUCAACACUGGACACAUCCAGGACUAGAUUUCAGUAUUCCAGCAUGCAACGCGUUGGUUGCCUGUCUCACCUUUCAUCUGAUGGCAUGAGAAGCCAGAAAAGUAAAAAAAUUCCCCAGAAAGAAAGCUGUGCAGCCGAAAACAGUCUGCACUUUGAUUCUGUUGUCACUGUUGUUUGUUUAGUUUCUUUAAUAUCUUUUUAUUUCAUUGUUUUGUAUGAUGAGAAACGGAUGUUGUUGACGUGUUUAACUGGAGAUGAACGCUUCGUGUUUAUUUUGUUUGGUUUUUUUUUAUUUUACGUGUGCCUGAACUAUCCAGCACAGUGUGCAUACGUGCUGAUGCUGCUGCUCCCAGGUUGUAUUUUUAAUGGGAUCAUAUCGAUGCCCAAAUCACCCCUUCACCCAAUUCCCUCAGUCCUUUAUUAUUAUUUUUUUUCUAAAAGCCCCUGUCCAUUCGAAAUCCACUGCAUUACCCCCCAAUCCUCCUGUCCUUUACCCAAAUCCUAUAUCUCAAACGGCAAUGUAAGCUAAUCCGAGGAGUGUGAAACCCAACUCAAAGAACACUGUCUGAGCCCAUUUUGAGUUUGACUGGAUGUGUGUGAAUGAGUGACUGAGUUGUGAAUGUUUGUGUGUGUGUAUGUGUGUGUGUGUGUUUCACAGAAAUGAUAAGAAAAGAAAAAAAAAGUAUGUCUUGGAAUUUCAUUUGUUAAAAAAAAGCGAGGCACUUGGAAGGGAAACCCUCCUGCUUCUGCUGUAGCUCUGUAAUUGUGCGAUACUUUGUUUUUGUGUUCACGAUGUUUUUUUUUUUUGUUUUUUUCUGGUAAUGGGGAAAAGUGAUUAAAAAAAAAAAACACAAAGUUAAUCAUAAAGAAAGCUAGAAACCAGGUUUUCCAGGAGGGAUUUGCUUCCGGUUGCCCCAAACCACACAUUAUCUGUCUUCCGCUUAUCCCGCUCGCCUGGUGGCCCACACACUUUCAAAGCUUUUGAUUGUGAAUUUUACCAGUAAAUAAAUACCUCUAUUCUUUUAUUUUAUUUUUUUUUCCAUUUAAUAAAACAUGUAGGAAGUGCUCUUUAGGGAGCAGAAACCUAUGUUUUUGUUUUUUUAAGUGGGGCUGCCUUGUUCCCAGUACUUGGGAAAACUGCGCGCCCACUCCGGCCUGCCUGCGGUCGAUUUAUUUUCGAGCGCAAAAGGUUGUAGCUGUGCUUUUAUUUUUUUUUUCUUUAUGUUCUUUUAUUUCCCCCUUCCAGGGAAGUCUAACAAGUGCAAAAGCAGCCGUUUGUUUUUUUUAUUUUAACCAGAGGUUUAAAGCCUCUGCUGUUUUGUUUACUAAAAUCAGUUCAGUACUGCGAACUUAAGGGUGGACUGAGAGAAUCAGACAAAUGUAGGAGAGACAUCCUGACGAAGAGGAGGAUAAUAAAAGAAUGGUACAUUUGCAAGUGGUUUAAGAGAAAGUGGAAGUUUUUUUUUCUUUUCAAACUUCUGACUGACGUCAGUUACUGACACUUUUUAUAUGAAAAUUUAUGAAAGAAGAAAAGAUGAAAAAAAUAAAGUAUAACAUUAAACUGUUGCAUAUCUGU